AUGAUUCAACCUCAAACCCAUUUGAAUGUAGCGGAUAACAGCGGGGCUCGAGAAUUAAUGUGUAUUCGAAUCGUUGGAGCUAGUAAUCGACGAUAUGCUCAUAUCGGUGACAUUAUUGUUGCUGUGAUCAAGGAAGCAUUACCAAAUACACCUCUAGAAAGAUCAGAAGUGAUCCGAGCUGUAAUUGUACGUACUUGUAAAGAACUUAAACGUGACAACGGUAUGAUAAUACGAUAUGAUGACAACGCCGCAGUUGUUAUUGAUCAAGAAGGAAAUCCAAAAGGAACUCGAGUUUUUGGUGCGAUUGCCCGAGAAUUGAGACAGUUAAGUUUCACUAAAAUAGUUUCAUUAGCACCUGAGGUAUUAUAA